AUGACACACUCCCGUCGGUCCAGUUUUGUCAACUUUGUCCAGGGUCUUGAUCUAUGCGAGCCCCAGGACGUGACUCCGCCGGGCCAGAACGAGUUUCCCAUCCCAGAACUUCCGGUGUUGAACGGCCUACGAUGCAGCUUUGGAACUUGCAGCUAUCUGUGCCUGACUGAGAAGCGGAUGAAAAGUCAUUGGUCUUUGGCAAAGCAUUCAUGUGUGAUGCAAAAACAAUCGUGGUUUUCGGUUCCAGUACAGACUUUUUUUCGUGGUAACCUGUUGAAAUACUUUUCCGGGCUAGUUCAACCUCCUGAGACCGAGCUGGCGAAAUGUAGUACCGCUGAAUUAUCCACCUGCUUUUUGACAGGAGCUUACAAUAUUGAUGAACGCUUAUUACAACACUAUUGUACUUUGACUUCUACAAUGAUUACCUCCGACAGUAGCGAUACAACAUUCUGGCAACAGACUGUCCCCCAACUCGCUCAUGAGCAUGAUUUCUUAAUGUCGGCCAUACUCGCACUCACAUCUCUACACCUGGCUCAUCUAAAUACUGAUCGACAAAGGGAAUUUGCCAUACAUGCCUCUUCGUACCAAGAUAGAGCAAUGCCGAUAUUUCGGAAAGUCGUGGCAGCUCCAACUUCAGAAAAUUGCAAUGCAAUUGUAGUAUUCCACCAUUUACUCGUCCUAUAUUCGUUUGCCGCCGAACAACAGGAUGAUGAUGAUCUUUUCUUGAUAAGCAGAGAUGACAAUGAGGUUGCUCCACGCUGGCUGCAUUUCAUCCGCAGCGCUUGUGUUAUAUUACAAGAUGUGCGACAUUGGGUUGAAGUAGGCCCUUGUCAAACUUUAUUACUCUCUUGGGAGGCUCCGCUCAAGAUAAACAAGAUUGUCAAGAAGUCGAUUAUGGAAACAUUGCUUACUUUGAUACCGCCCAAAUCGUCUCCGAGAUUCUGGAGGCAAAAUAUCGUCAAUAUUUACAACGAAGCAUCGUCGCAAUUAGCAUUGGCAUUUGCCUGCUCCACCGACCAGUUCACCAUUUGGGAUGCUCUUAGACUGUGGCCCGUCACAAUAUCUGUAGAUUUCAUGAAUCUAUUGCGAGAAGAGCACCCGUGUGCCUUGGUUCUGGUUGCACAUUACACAGUCCUCCUGCAACGUAUCGACAACGAAUGGUACUUUCGAGGUCGCGCAAAUAGACUUUUGAAAACCAUUCAUCGUAAACUAGAUCCAUACUGGUAUCCUUAUAUACCACCUGUGUUGGCACUUGAUGGAGCAUAG